GGCCUCCCCCCGUGCAUGUCUCCGGCUGCCGCCUCUGCUCCUCGUCUCUCCGCCCGCGGCGCCUGCCUGCCCGCGCUCCCCGUCCCCGGCGCGGCGAUGCGGCUGGACCGGCAGCGCGGAGACCCGAUCGCCACGGCCGACGGACCCAGAGCCGGACCCGGGCGCGGUGCGGGACGCCGGGCGGUCCCGCGCUGCUGGGCGCUGCUGCUGCUGCUCGCCCUCGGCUGCCUGCGCGCUGCCGCCGACGGUGCGAGAGCAAAAUGUGAAGAAUCCCAAUUCGCAUGUAGUAAUGGCCGCUGUAUUCCUCAGCUCUGGAAAUGUGAUGGUGAUGAAGAUUGUUCAGAUGGCAGUGAUGAAAGUUCUUGUGUGAAGAAGACAUGUGCUGAAUCUGAUUUUGUGUGCCUCAGUGGUCAGUGUGUGCCUAACAGAUGGCAGUGUGAUGGGGAUUCGGAUUGUGAGGAUGGGUCUGACGAGAGUUCUGAACUGUGCCAUACGAGAACGUGCCGUGUAAAUGAAAUCAGCUGUGGUCCUCAGUCAACUCAGUGUAUCCCAGUGUCCUGGAAAUGUGAUGGUGAAAAAGACUGUGACAGUGAAGAAGAUGAAAAGAAUUGUGGCAAUGUGACUUGUAGUCCAGCAGAGUUCACAUGCAGCAGUGGGCAGUGUAUUUCCAAGAGCUUUGUCUGCAAUGGUCAAGAUGACUGCAGCGAUGGUAGUGAUGAGCUGGAAUGUGAACCUCCUACCUGUGCUGUUCAUGAGUUCCAGUGCAAGAGCUCAACUUGCAUCCCCAUCAGCUGGGUGUGUGAUGACGAUGCUGACUGCUCCGACCACUCAGAUGAGUCUCUAGAGCAAUGUGGCCGCCAGCCUGCACCUCCUGUGAAGUGCUCUGCCAGUGAGGUGCAGUGUGGCUCAGGUGAAUGUAUCCACAAAAAGUGGCGCUGUGAUGGAGAUCCUGACUGCAAAGAUGGAAGUGAUGAAAUCAACUGUCCUUCUCGGACCUGCAGACCAGACCAGUUCAGAUGUGAAGAUGGGAACUGCAUCCAUGGGAGUAGGCAGUGCAAUGGUGUGAGAGAUUGUCUGGAUGGCACUGAUGAAGCAAAUUGUAACAACGUUAUUCAGUGCUCUGGACCUGGCAAAUUCAAGUGCAGAAGCGGAGAAUGCAUAGAUAUCAAUAAAGUGUGUAACCAGCAGAGAGACUGCAAAGACUGGAGUGAUGAGCCCCUCAAGGAGUGUAACAUAAAUGAAUGUCUGGUGAACAAUGGCGGGUGCUCUCAUAUCUGCAGGGACCUCAUUAUUGGCUAUGAAUGUGACUGUCCAGCUGGGUUUGAGCUGCUAGACAGGAGAACCUGUGGAGAUAUUGAUGAAUGUCAGAACCCUGGUAUCUGUAGUCAGAUCUGUAUCAACCUGAAAGGGGGCUAYAAAUGUGAAUGCAGCCGUGGCUAUCAGAUGGAUCUUUCUACUGGGGUGUGCAAGGCAGUCGGGAAAGAACCAUGUCUAAUUUUCACCAACCGCCGGGAUAUCAGGAAAAUUGGCCUUGAGAGGAAAGAAUAUAUUCAGCUUGUGGAGCAGCUAAGAAACUCUGUGGCUCUAGAUGCUGAUAUUGCUGAGCAAAAGCUUUACUGGGCAGACUUCAGCCAAAAAGCAAUCUUCAGUGCCUCUAUUGAUACCCGUGAUAAAGUCGGAACACACGUCAGAAUCCUGGACAACAUACACAGCCCUGCAGGAAUUGCUGUUGACUGGGUUUAUAAGAACAUCUACUGGUCUGACUCAACUGCAAAAAGCAUUUCGGUGGCUAGCCUAGAUGGCACAAAAAGAAAGGUUUUGUUUUUCUCUGAGCUGAGAGAGCCAGCUUCUAUUGCUGUAGAUCCUAUCUCUGGCUUUAUGUACUGGUCAGACUGGGGUGAGCCAGCAAAAAUUGAAAAAGCAGGAAUGAAUGGAUUUGACAGACAGCAGCUUGUGACAACAGAAAUCCAAUGGCCUAAUGGAAUUGCUCUAGAUCUUGUAAAAAGCCGCCUAUACUGGCUUGAUUCUAAACUGCAUGUGCUGUCAAGUGUGGACUUGAAUGGCCAGGAUCGUAGAAUUGUGCUAAAGUCACAUAUGUUCCUUCCUCAUCCUCUUGCUCUAACCAUUUUUGAGGACCGAGUGUAUUGGAUUGAUGGAGAGAAUGAGGCAGUCUAUGGUGCCAACAAAUUUACUGGAUCCGAGUUGGUUACCCUGGUGAACAACCUCAACGAUGCACAGGACAUCAUUGUGUAUCAUGAGCUUGUUCAGCCUUCAGGUCGGAACUGGUGCGAAGAGAGCGUGGCAAAUGGAGGCUGUAGCUACCUGUGCCUGCCUGCUCCUCAGAUAAAUGAACAUUCUCCAAAGUACACCUGUGCAUGUCCUGCUGGGUACUUCUUGCAGGAGGAUGGUCUGAGAUGUACAGUUUCAGGUACUGGAACAGCUGUGGCUUACACUGAGGCUAAAGAUACCAGCACAACAGAAAAAUCUCCAACUGUUGGACUAGUUCCUGGAGGAUUCAACACUAGUGGUACAACCUCUGGAGUAACUGCAGCUGGAAGAACAUCAGCAGCUUGGAUCAUUCUUCCUGCUGUAUUGCUGGUGAUGGCUGCAGCCGCUGGCUACUUCAUGUGGCGUAAUUGGCAGCACAAGAACAUGAAAAGCAUGAAUUUUGAUAAUCCAGUAUACCUAAAAACCACAGAAGAGGACCUCACAAUUGAUAUUGGAAGACACAGUGGUUCAGUAGGACACACCUACCCUGCAAUAUCUGUUGUCAGCACAGAUGAUGAUAUGGCGUGAGCACUGAAUCAGCAAUCACUUUCAGUUUACUUGUGUCUUACACUCUUUGGGGAUAGUAACCAGGUUUGUGGCUGAAGGACUUCCUCCAUUCUUGGAAGAAAGAAGAUACUUUCUGUAUUUAUGGAACACUUGUGUAAAUAGCUAUUUUAUACUGCUUAACAACUCUGUAAAUACCUGUCCACAACAAUUCAGCUGUUAGUGGUUACAGUUUUAUCAGUAACCCUUGGGUUGGUUAGUCAGUAACACCACUGACCAAAUAUAAAGCACUUUCCAUAGAAAGCCAUAUUCCAGCCACAACUUGUAACACCUGUACAUAUGUCUAUAGGUCACUUGUAAAUAAUUAUUGGAAAAUCACUAUCAAGCACUUUGAAAUACUUCAGAUGUAAAUUAUUGUACACUCUCUUUUUCAAUGAUUGGGGCAAUGGCAAUAGGAAAAAACGGGUUACUGUGAUUGCCAAAAAUUUGUAAACAUAAAUAAUUUUGUAUGUAAGAUUGUCUCAAUCUUGUCUGUUACCUCUUAGAGGUCUACAAGAAUGAACAAUCUUUAAGAAACCACUGUAAAACUCAAAUGCAGCUGAGGGGAUAAAAAUAAAACGAGUCAAGCAGUUUAAGUAUUGUUCUCGAUUAUUACGUUAGCACUGAAGUAAAAUGGAGUACCUCCUAAGUUGAAAGCUUUAGUAGACUGCACUAUCUCUGCCAGACAGAUCAUGAAGUAUUUCUUCAGUUAUUUCCAGCAGUGUUUUAGGCAGCUCAGACACUGCUGACUUGCCAGGUGACAGGUUUGUUGUUGAGACUAAUACUCCGCACAGAGUGAAGGACAGAGUGGGUCUCCCAUCACAGAAUCUCAGCUUGUCUCCUAAGUUAGGACUGACACUGGCUAAACUUACCCAAGCACUAUUGCAAGCUCGUAAGAGGCAGCGUGGCAGACAUUGAGAUGGAGUCAGGCUGGAGCGUGGUCUGCCAGGUGAGUGUGAGAUCCUUGCGGAGUCAGGCUGUUGGCAGCGACUCCUCAUGGCAAUGCCAGUGAAGUCAAGUGGUGGUAGUUGCUACACUUGCAGGAAUGUUAGAGUUGUGACUUAGCAGCUGAUCAUGGAGGUUUAGUGCUGACAAGCCCCAUGUUGCUACAUGGGUAAUGACAGAAGUCCCCUGCAAUGGGCAUUAAUAGGCUACUGUCCCCUUCCCUAGAGCAACUCAGUUAAUUGCAAGGGCUCUGAGACACCAAUCACUUGACAUGCUGGAACCUCUUGGGAGACUGUAGGAGUGAAAAAAUACAUGGUACAACUGUUCUGGGUCUGGGAAGAUGAUACUCGUCUCUGAUAAAGUGUUUAGUACCAUGCUGCUUGAGUGCUCAUUUUAGUAGCACCAGGUAUGUUCCUUAUUCGCCGUACGUGUGUAGCUCAUUCCUGCAAUAGAGAAGGAUUAAGGCUGAAUUAACAUGUAGAUUCUGUAGUUUUCAGGCGUUUUGCUGUGUGGUCAAAUCUGGAGUAAAGAAAGAUAAAGCUUCUGAUCUUUAUGACAGAACAACUUGGUAUCUCCAACUUAGAAAAGGUAGAUUCCCUGGUCAUUACUAGUUUCCUUAAUGACAAACUAACUUUUCUGUGAUAAAAUUCAUUUGUCUCCUGAGACUAGGAUCUUGGCCAGAAACUGCCAGCCCAUAGCUUUUGUAGUAUGAGGUACUAGUUGAGUCUUGGUAAUGCUUCCCCCUUCAAGGUAAGGAAAAAUGGAGGAAUGCAGUUUCAAGGCUAAGACACAGUUUGGAAGAGGCAGUAAUCCCCUGGCUGUUCUUUGGUGAUGACUUGUGAAAUCAUUCUCAAUCAAUCAGAUCUCUAAAAUAGUAACAAUGCAAAUUAUGGAGUCAGAAGUUGGAUCAGUUCCUGGGCUUGUUUCUAAUGCCUGUUCUCAUUGCAGUUACAGCUGGGGUCUGUUUUCUUUAAUAAUCUUCUUGUAUUGUGGACUCUUACUAACAGAUGAGGACAGCUGCCAACUUGUGCAGAUUUAAAAUAGCUUAUUUCUAGCAAGUUUAUAMCUCUUUGGGGAGUUGAAGAUUCUAACCAGCUGUCCCAGGAAACUCCUGACUACAGACAUUUUAAGAUAUCUAGAACACAUGUGGACUAAAUAGUCUUGCAAAGAUUGGGAUGCAAGGGGGCCUCUAAAGUUUUUGGCUAGCAAUACCGUAUCUAUUUUAUCAAGCACUUUUUGGGAUAAAGUGCCUUUCACAGCUGCCUAGUAUGUAAGGUUCAUGAGUUAGAAUUCAACUUUUUCAGUUAGCGUUCCUUCUCUGGAGACUCUGAAUUAUUUGUGUUUAAAUGUGGCAAAACAGAAAAUGUAAUUCUCAGUCAGAUGGCUGAUAAUAAAUUCACAGGGCAGCUAAUUACAGGCAAAAUGUUCUGCCUUCACAGUCUUUGUACAGAAGAAUAGCUCUAUUUUUAUGAUGAUGUUCAUUUCUCUUACAAGUAUCAUACCAAGUAUAUGAGGAGAUGUAAGGAGAGACUAGUAAGACCAAUAAAGACAUUUUUUCUGAGGUUAAUAUUCAUUUAAGUAGCAAUUUCAAUCUAUUUUGGGAACCUGAGGCAGUUUUUACAGAUGCUGUGGGCUCUUUGAAUUUGUUUUCUUCUCCAGUGUUCUGAGCAAAGAGCAGUGCCUUGACACACAAAAUUAGUUCCUGUAGUCUAGAGGAGACUUAACACUUUACCAGAUAAAACUUCCAUGCUUUCGUAUAGCAGGAGGGAGGAGUGGAGAAUACAAGGCAGUAGCAGGGGAUGAUUUAAGGAUGGCCUGUACUUACUUGCAARUAUUGCUUGGGUUUUUUGUCUCACUAGGUUUAUUCUUCUCUGCCCCUCUUCAUUUUUGUGCUAGGAAAUCCUUGUUUACUUCCACAGCAGGCUUAGAGAGUAGUUGAGGAUUCCUUCUGUAAAAACUGAUCCAAGUUGCAUUGACAAAUACCUUACUCCUUUUGAACAGUGUUUUUUCCCUGCCAUCUGGAAGUGUUUGACUCUGUUUUUCUCCUUGUCAUAUGACUUUUUUGGCAUCUAAUGAAGGUGCUAAAGCUGUACUCUUGCAGCAGCACCGUGUGGCUGUGCUGGUGUCCACUAAAGGAAUUCUCGGUGAUCAUCCCUGUCUCAGCUCCACUGCUGCAGUCUUGUGAUAUCACAGAGCAAUGAGACACUGAUAAUAUCUUUGGUCAGAUUUCACUUGAGUUGACUUGAUACUCCUGAAGAAUUUUCUGCUAACAGAAAAAAUAUGGCUUUAGUUAGUUAUUAUUAGUUAUUAACUAUGCCAAGGUAAUGGCAUAGUUUUUGUUUCCCAGAGGACUGUAUAAGCCCUCUGGUUCUAAAUACUGUCUAUUUCAGUUCAGUGUCUGCUAGCCGAUGUGAGUGCAAAGCUAAAUUUGAAUCUGCCUUCUUCUUUCCCUUAUAAACAUGCAAAUUUCUCUUAAUACACUCCCUCUGCUCCUGCUUUUUUUUUCUGCCUCCUAUUUGAUCUGCCUUUGUUUUUACAGCACUGUAAAUAUUUUACAAGGGAAAUUAACAUAAAGGGAAUUGAUGCUGCUCAUGUGAUUUUCUUCUUCUUCUGCACUUCAUUCCUCUACAGAUAGCUACAACUAUCCAUUCUCCAACCCAACUUGUAUUUGCCUGCAUUUUUUAUGAACAUACCUUUUUUGCAAUCAGAUCUUUGCUGAAGAAAAUUUAU